AUGGAAUCUUUUCAGACUAGCUUUGGUUUCUUCUGCCGUAUUGCUUAUCCAUUCUGGCUGAGCUUAAUCAUCUACACAUCGGUGGUGAUCAUCUCGUUAUAUGUGUAUCAGUUCCCGAAUUUCCCUGCUGUUUGGACGAAGUGGACCGGCUUAGACAAAAGUUGGAAUGACGACAUUGGUCUGAUCAACUACAGUAACGUUGGCGAAUCGGGGACCCUAUUUGUUCGACUAUUCUUUCCGAUUUCGUUGUUCGUUGUGACUAUGCUACAACUAAAGUUCUUCCAUGAUCCUUGGAUGGCAAUGAUUAGACAAGGCCCAAGAGAUCAAGAGGCAUCAGCAUCAGAGAGU